AUGAAAAAUGUACUUUCUUUUCUGUUUUUUGUUCUUCUUGUUUCGGUUUUAGAUGCGAAAAUAACAAAACCAAAUACUGAAAACUUCUUCCGAUGUCUUCGUUCUCGGACAAGUCCAAAGUAUACGAUCACCGGAGCCAUCUAUACCCACGAUAACUCCACCUUCAUCUCAUCUUACGUGUCCUACACGAAGAAUAAAAGGCUCUCAAACCCUAAUGACACAAACCUAGUAGCCAUUGUUGCUGCAAAACAUGCAUCUCAUGUUCAGGCAACCGUGGUCUGCGCAAAGUCCAACGGAGUCCAGAUCAGAAUCCGUAGCGGUGGUCACGACUUGGAGGGCCUUUCCUACAUCUCGUCUAUACCUUUCGUCGUUCUCGAUAUGCACGAUCUUAGGUCAAUUACCGUUGACGUAUCCAACAAGAAAGCUUGGGUUCAAGCUGGGGCGACCUUGGGAGAGCUCUACACCAAAAUCGCUGAAGCUAGCAAAACGCUAGCGUUUCCAUCCGGCGUUUGUCCUACGCUAGGAGCUGGAGGACACAUCAGCGGUGGAGGGUAUGGGAAUCUGCUAAGAAAAUAUGGAAUCUCGGUGGAUCAUGUCGUUGAUGCUCAUUUAGUUGAUGUCAACGGCAAGAUCUUGAACAGAGCUUCCAUGGGAGAAGAUCUGUUUUGGGCGAUUCGCGGCGGUGGUGGUGCGAGCUUUGGCGUUAUCCUCUCGUGGAAGAUCAAUCUCGUCAAGGUUCCGAAGAUCUUGACAGUGUUUAAAGUUAACAAAACACUAGAACAAAGAGGUACCGAUGUUCUGUACAACUGGCAGCUUGUCUCUAGCAAAUUACCUCCAGAGCUUUUCUUGAGAGCAAUGCCUGAGAACACAAUCGGAGCGAAAUCCGGCGAGAAAACUAUCGCGGUUAAGUUCUACGCUCAGUUCUUAGGCUCAGCAAAGAAACUAAUGAAGAUUAUAAACAAGAACUUGCCUGGAUUAGGGCUAAAACGUGAAGACUGCUACGAAAUGAGCUGGCUUAAUACGACGUUGUUUUGGGGGGAUUUUCCGAUUGGGACACCGGCGAGCGUUCUUCUUGACAGGCCAACGGGUCCGCCGGGAGCAUUCUACAAGGGAAAAUCGGACUACGUCAAAAAACCGAUCCCAAAAGAAGGAAUAGAGAAGCUUUGGAAAACAAUGUUGAAAUUCGAAAAUGUGUGGAUGCAAUGGAACCCUUAUGGUGGAGUGAUGGACAAGAUUCCGUCGAAUGCAACCGCAUUUCCUCACCGGAAAGGAAACUUGUUCAAGAUUCAGUACUUUGCGUUAUGGGGCAACGCAAACGCCACAAGCCUUAAUCUCGGUUUGAUGAAAGAGCUCUACGAGGUGGCGGAGCCGUACGUGUCGAGCAACCCGAGAGAGGCGUUUUUGAAUUACAGAGACGUCGAUGUUGGAAGCAAUCCGAGUGGAGAGACGAGUGUUGAAGAAGCUAAGAUCUAUGGAACCAAGUAUUUCUUAGGGAAUUUGAAGAGAUUGAUGAGUGUUAAGGCUAAGUAUGAUCCUGAGAAUUUCUUCAGGUACGAGCAGAGUAUACCUCCUGUUCUUGCAAUGUAA